GGCAUAUAAAAGGACACAGUUUUAUUCAUGGAAUGAAAAAACCCUAAUGAACUAAUAUUAAACCUUAAUCUUUCUUGUGUAAUUCCCUAAAGUGUAAUCUAGGGCUUCUGGGAGCCCAUCUUAAGGUGAACGUUGGAAGUCUUGCCAGGAACAGCAGCAUGGAAUGAGGGUCGGGCAGUUUCUCUGCUACCUGUUAGUCAUCACUCGUCUUGAGUAGAAGGAUGUGAGGCAGCUAGGUACCAUGAAUAAAACAGCUGCCCUUUCAGUCAAACAUUUCCAGCGACAUCUGAAGAUGUGGAGAUAUAAAGGGUCCCAGGCGGUCAACCAAAACUGCGCCUUCCAGAAUGCCAUCUGCUGCAGCUGGGUCUAACACAGCAUCAGGUAUUGCCAGAAUGACAACAGUAAGUGGGUCUGCUGCAGUGAAAACUACGAAGUCCUGCAAAAGGCACAAAAGUGUGAGGCAGCAUGCCAGCAUGUAUGCAUACAAGGAGCCACCCCACAGUAACUCAGGUGAUGAUAAUGGUGAUUUAAAUGCGGACAGCAAUGACCCAGAGCAGAUCUUCCAGAAUAUACAAUUUCAAAAAGAGAUCAUGGCAAACAUCCGUUGCAGACCAUGGCCCAUGAGGCAGAAGCUGAGGGCACUCAGACAAGCUAAGGAGAUUGUGUUGAAAUAUGAAGGCAGGCUCACUAGAACAAGAGGUUACCAAGCAGCUGGUGCAGAGCUCUGGAAGAAGUUUGUUCGGCUUGCAUAUAACUUUAUGGUAAUCUUCAUUCCUUGGGAAAUGAGAAUAAAGAAAAUAGAAAGUCAUUUUGGAUCCGGAGUUGCCUCUUAUUUCAUCUUUUUGAGAUGGCUAUUUGGAAUCAAUAUUGUGCUUACCAUAAUGACAGGAGCAUUUGUGGUCUUACCAGAGCUCCUGGCAGGAGCACCAUUUGGAAGCACUAUCAGCAAGACGAUCCCAAAGGAGCAGUUUGCAUCAGCACAGGACCUGGACACCAUCUGGUCACUGGGGGGUUAUCUCCAGUACUCUGUUUUAUUCUAUGGCUACUAUGGCCGAGAUCGGAAGAUUGGGAAAGCUGGGUAUCGGCUGCCCCUGGCUUACUUCCUUGUUGGAAUGGCAGUAUUUGCUUAUAGCUUCAUCAUCCUCUUAAAAAAUGGACAAGAGAAAAUAUAUGAUAUUGUGUCUGAAACAAUUAAAGCAGAUUUUCCUGUAUGGUUCAACACAGUGAUUAAUUAUAUCAGCAGCCCUGUAGUUGUCCUCCCUGCAUUAUUACUUCUAUUCAUGCUAAUUUAUUACCUGCAGAGUAUUGCAAGGUCAUUAAAAUUCACCAACAGGCAACUGAGAAUGCAGAUCCAAACUGAAAGAACCGAAGACAAGAAAAAGGUGGUUCACAUAGCAGUAGCCAGUAUCCAGAAUCUAGAGGGAAAUGACAAAAGACCAGAGCAGGAGAAUGACCUCCCCCAUCAGGAGUCCUCAGCUCGGUCAUCAACACCCCGUAAGAAUGGCAGCGUCUUGAAUUUUGAAUCUCCAGUGACCAAAGGCAGCAGAAUACAAACAAUUUCACAAUCUGUACCCCAAGCUGAUGUUGCUAGGCCAGCAAAUAUAACUCCAACAACUUUAACACCAACUACCUCUGUUCCUAGCAUACAGAAGCGUAGAACUGAGCAGGUUGCAAACAGGUAUUCAAGUGUUGUACAUGGAAGUGCAAGUGAGCUCUGCAAAACAAAGCCCUACACUCCUGUGACUUUCAAAAAGCGUGUUGAAGAUGUUCAUUCUGAGCCUCUCUUUAGGAAAGGUAUCCAACAAGUAAAUCCAGACACUCUUGGGGCGGGAGCUCCAGCUUUUGUGGGACGCAAAGUACCCACCACAAGGUAUUUUAUUGUUAACGAACAUGAAUCCCGCAAAAAGUUUCUCCGUUCCACUUCCCGGCUCCCAAGGCAUUUCAGAAUGGAGGAGUCAGGAGACAUAGUUGAAUUAUAUCCAAGGAAUGUCAGAAGAUAUGUGGUUCGAACACCACACAGGACAUACUCCCCUCACUUCAGUGAAGAGGAAGAAGAGGAGGAGGAAUUAAGGAGAGACUUGAUAAACAGAUCCUACCGUCCACGCUCACUCUCAGAUCUUCGCCCAGGUCCCCGAUUUUACAUUGGUGAACGUGUGGACAGUCAAAUCCUUACUGGCAAGGAUCUAGCCAAAGUGCACUACAGAUCCUGGGAUGAUGGCUUUGAGCUAGAACGAGAUAGGCCCCCACAUUCCCACAAAAAGUCACACAUGAAACAUGUGGAUCUUGAUCGGCCCUAUCCAGAGCAUCAUGUGAAACCUAAAUCCAAGCAUAAGCUCGAACAAUCUCUAACAGAGUCGGAUUCCAUUUCCAUUGGAUCCAGCAGCGAUCAGCAAACCAGCAGCAAUGAUCAAUACAUCCAAGUCAUUCAUAAUAAGGAGAAAUAUCUGAAAUCUGGGGCAAAGUUUACCAGAAAGAAACCAAAGGCUAGCGUUGACCUAAAGAUGUCUGAAUCUAAUGAACUGAUAUGUUCAAAUGUCUAGGAAAAUGCUCCCUCUGUUUUGUGUUAUGAACAUAUGUAUUUGUAGAGACCUUUCAGCUGCCAUUUGAACCAGAGAAGACCAUUGAAAUAUAUCAGAGGGGUAGCUGUGUUAGUCUGGAUCUGUAAAAAGCAACAGAGAGUCCUGUGGCACCUUAAAG